AUGUCCAUGCAUGACGUAUUUCCGCACUUCUUAGAGACAGUUCAAGCAUUCGGUUUGCGUACCAAGGAUGGCGACAAUACGUGGAGCAAUUUUCACUUUAGAAAGCUCAUGUUGGAGGAGGGUCAUCAAAUAUGUUACACCGUACGCUUUGUUGAAUUAAAUCACCGGGAUAUCGGCGAUCCGUGGUCUCCAAGGCAGAUGGGAGUCUAUCAGCGGUUCCACGCUCCAACGCAGAGGACGGUUUGGGUGAUGAUCAAGCCUCCCCAGCGUCUUCGAGAUAUUUUUGAGGAGAAGAUCAGCGCGAUUCAUGGAUACAAACCACUAGCAAACGCUCAGUUUCUCCUUUUCCACCUUGCCAUACUCUCGUUUUCUCUCGUCAACUGGGGAGAGUACGUCGCUGCUCAACGAAAAAACCUGGAGAAAUACGAAGGGACAUCCUUCUUUUCAGAUGUUGAUUGCCACGACGUAAAUGACUAUAAGCUCGGAUUCGAAGACAGACAAAACCUACAGCGCUUUCGACGUAAAUUGAUAAAAGCGACGGCCAUUAUCGAUGCCGCCAUCCUCCUUGGAGAGAAGAUGAAAGGGUUCAUGGAGCGAGUUGCGCCAGCGGGACUGGAUAUAACGAUACAAGAGACGAUAGGAUUGGAACUGGAAGACUACCUUUCUGAAGCCAAUUAUCAUAGAGAAUGUCUGAUAGGUCUUCAGCAGCGCGCUGUAGAUACAGCCACUCUAUUACUCGACAUCCUCCAGCGGCGCCAGGGAAAUACCUCAUUACGAAGCGCCGUCGCAAACGAGGCCGCUGUCAGAACCAUGAUGAACAUAGCUGUCAUGGGGGAGAUGGAGCACGAGGUCGAAAAGAAGACGGCCGUCAACAUCCGAGCGUUGACGUUUGUGGCGACGCUGUACCUGCCAGCAUCGCUAUUGGCGGGAAUCUUCAGUUCGCAGCUUCUGAUAGAUAAUAAGGAGGGCACCAUGGCCGUAUCGCCAGAGCUUUGGAAGUUCAUCGUCGUGCUGAUACCCAUGAUUGCCGUCACGCUAGCAUUGGUUCUCGCAUUCCAGAGCAUAUGGGCUAGGGAUAAGCACAUGAAUAGACUUGAUGAGGGGAGAGAGGAGGCGGGAGUUCUCGCGGGAGCGUAGGCAUAGACUCUUGAGGAGGCGAUGGACUGACGGUAGCUAUGUGAGCCUGUGAGGCAAGGAUUGAUAGGACACGGAUGUUC